UUAAAUAAUGCAAAUGUAGUAGCGCAUUUAUUUUCACAGCUGAAAUAGCUAGUUUUACCCAGUUUGGAUUAGUGAGAUCAGAUUUGAUGUUGCUUUCUGGGUAGAGAACUAAAUACUAUGAAACAACUCAUUUUCUUGACUGUAAUCUGAGCUUUUAAGUUACUAGGUGCUAUUAAAGAGCUGAGCUUGUAUAGUAAGUUCACAUGCAGUUCCGUUUCCAUAAUUUUCUCUAAUUAUGAUGUAUACACAGAAGGACAUAGAACAUAUGCGUACAGCUUAAAGAAUGAUUAUCAUGUGGGCACUCAGGUAACUACGGCUCAGAUCAAGAAAAAUUACCGGCAUUUCGAAGCCCCACCCUCACCAUGUGCUCCAUCCAGAAGGCGACCCCUUCCCCUCCUCUGUACUUUUGUCAUUCCCUUGCUUCUCUUUGUAAUGUGGCAACUUACAUUUGCGCCCUAAAACGGCAUAAUGUAGGUUGGCCUGGUUUCAAACUUCUGUGGAGAGAGUCGCGCUAUGUGCCCCUGUGUUUGGCAUCUCUCACUCAGCGUCACAUGUCUGAGAUUUCCUCCGUGUUUUUGCUCUCCAGGGCGUUUUCUUUAAAAAGGCUUUUCUGUAUUUGCCCCUCUCCCUUUUUAACUUAGGAUCCCUGUAACUCGCCUGAGUGCUCUCAGAUAGCCCUACUUUGCCUCCCUAGAUUUGCUGCUAAAUAAGGUCUAAAGACUGAAGCCUGCCUGCACCCCGGUUUUGUGAACUGACCUGGCGGCCCCCGUGGGACGGCCUUGGUUUAGAUGAGACUACAUCUUUAAGGCGCCACUGCUCGGUUAAAAAAAAAUCUUCCUUUCUCCAAGGCUGGUCCAAGGGUCUGGUCACGUGACUCCACCAGUGACAUCACAUUCUGACCGCCCGGGGAACACUGGUGGUGCCUUAGGUGGCAUUUGUUCCUGCAAAAGGCAGAGAACGCAGCAAGUGCCCUUCUAAAGCAGUGCCUCCCGGGGCUCCUUCUAGAAAAGCGCCGCAACCUAAAUGGCCAAAUGCGGGCUGCCCAGGUUAUUUCUUCCUUGAGGCAGAAAAAAAGAAAGCUGUGAUUGAAGAGGACAGGUCAUACAAUGGUGGAGGAAUAGGUUCUUCAAAUAGGAUGAUGGACUUCUUGGAGGAGCCAAUCCCUGGUGUGGGGACCUAUGAUGAUUUCAACACAAUUGACUGGGUGAGGGAAAAGUCACGGGACCGGGAUAGGCACCGAGAGAUUACCAAUAAAAGCAAAGAGUCGACAUGGGCCUUAAUUCACAGUGUGAGCGAUGCGUUUUCUGGCUGGUUGUUAAUGCUACUUAUUGGGCUCUUAUCAGGUUCCUUAGCUGGCUUGAUAGACAUUUCUGCUCAUUGGAUGACAGACUUAAAAGAAGGCAUAUGCACGGAGGGAUUCUGGUUUAACCAUGAGCACUGUUGCUGGAACUCCGACCACGUCACCUUCGAAGACAGAGACAAAUGCCCAGAGUGGAACAGCUGGUCCCAGCUUAUCAUCAGCACCGAUGAGGGAGCCUUUGCCUACAUAGUCAAUUAUUUCAUGUACGUCCUCUGGGCUCUCCUAUUUGCCUUCCUUGCCGUGUCUCUUGUCAAAGUGUUUGCGCCUUACGCCUGUGGCUCUGGAAUUCCUGAGAUAAAAACUAUCUUGAGCGGUUUUAUUAUUAGGGGCUAUUUGGGUAAGUGGACCCUGAUUAUCAAAACCAUCACGCUGGUGCUGGCCGUGUCAUCUGGCUUGAGCCUGGGCAAAGAGGGCCCCCUGGUGCACGUGGCUUGCUGCUGUGGGAACAUCCUGUGCCAUUGUUUCAACAAAUACAGGAAGAAUGAAGCCAAGCGCAGAGAGGUCUUGUCGGCUGCAGCGGCAGCUGGUGUAUCUGUAGCCUUUGGGGCACCAAUCGGCGGGGUGUUAUUCAGCCUAGAAGAGGUCAGCUACUAUUUCCCCCUCAAAACGCUGUGGCGCUCAUUCUUUGCUGCCUUGGUGGCAGCUUUUACUCUACGUUCCAUCAAUCCCUUUGGCAACAGCCGCCUGGUUCUAUUUUAUGUGGAGUUUCACACCCCCUGGCAUCUCUUUGAGCUCGUGCCCUUCAUUGUGCUGGGCAUAUUUGGUGGUCUGUGGGGAGCUUUGUUUAUCCGCACCAACAUUGCCUGGUGUCGGAAGCGUAAGACCACUCAGCUGGGCAGGUACCCUGUCGUGGAGGUACUCGUUGUGACAGCCAUCACCGCCAUCCUGGCUUUCCCCAAUGAGUACACCCGCAUGAGCACAAGUGAGCUUAUUUCUGAGCUGUUCAAUGACUGUGGCCUGCUGGACUCCUCCAAGCUCUGUGAUUAUGAGAACCGCUUCAACACAAGCAAGGGGGGAGAGCUGCCCGACAGACCGGCUGGAGUGGGAGUCUACAGUGCCAUGUGGCAGCUGGCCUUGACACUCAUACUGAAAAUUGUCAUCACCAUAUUCACCUUUGGCAUGAAGAUCCCUUCUGGCCUGUUUAUCCCCAGCAUGGCUGUUGGUGCUAUAGCAGGUCGACUUUUGGGAGUGGGGAUGGAACAGCUGGCUUAUUACCACCAUGACUGGGCCAUCUUCAACAGCUGGUGUAGCCAGGGAGCGGAUUGCAUCACCCCUGGCCUGUAUGCGAUGGUUGGGGCUGCAGCCUGCUUGGGUGGGGUGACCCGGAUGACUGUUUCCCUUGUUGUCAUAAUGUUUGAACUAACUGGGGGCUUGGAGUACAUUGUGCCUCUGAUGGCUGCAGCCAUGACAAGCAAGUGGGUGGCAGACGCUCUUGGGCGAGAGGGCAUCUAUGAUGCCCACAUUCGUCUCAAUGGUUACCCCUUUCUUGAAGCCAAAGAAGAGUUUGCCCAUAAGACCCUGGCAAUGGAUGUGAUGAAACCCCGGAGAAAUGAUCCUUUAUUGACUGUCCUUACUCAGGACAGUAUGACCGUGGAAGAUGUAGAGACUAUCAUCAGCGAAACCACUUACAGUGGCUUCCCAGUGGUGGUGUCCCGGGAGUCCCAAAGACUUGUGGGUUUUGUUCUCCGGAGAGAUCUCAUUAUUUCCAUUGAAAAUGCUCGAAAAAAACAGGAUGGGGUUGUGAGCACGUCCAUCAUUUAUUUCACCGAACAUUCUCCUCCCAUGCCGCCCUACACCCCGCCCACCCUAAAGCUCCGGAACAUCCUGGAUCUGAGCCCCUUCACUGUGACUGACCUCACACCCAUGGAGAUUGUCGUGGACAUCUUCCGCAAGCUGGGACUGCGGCAGUGCCUGGUUACGCACAACGGGCGGUUGCUUGGAAUCAUUACCAAAAAGGACGUGUUAAAGCACAUAGCACAGAUGGCAAACCAAGAUCCCGACUCCAUUCUCUUCAACUAGAAUCACAGGGCUGUGCUGGAUGUAAAACAGGAAGGACAUUGCAGACCACGGAUGUGUUUUGUUAACUGGGUACCCAAAACACAUUUCCCAUAUUUGGAGGGUGAAGUUAUAUUAGUGUGUUGUCUCUUUCCUAUAAGUUAACCAGUUGCACUACAUAAUCUCUGGAAUUUAAUCUUCUCUUUAGGAGAAAAUACAGUUAGGCUUCUGUGACACUGCAUUAGGAAGAUUUCGUGAAAGAGUCAAUGAGAUUGCUCUGGUUUGAUUCUUCUUAAAUUUUUUUUUUAAUUUAAAACAUAAUUGUUAGCCAAUAUGCAAUCACUGAAAACUAUGCAAGAAAAAUUCCAACCGUCCUGACCUAUAGCCUACAGGAAACUCAUGAAAAAGUCACUUUUUUGGACUCUAACUGUCAUUGGUGGAAGAUGAAGUGUAAACUAAGGGGCUUUGCUUUUCCAACCACAGAAAGGAAAGCCAGAAGGAAAAUAGUAAUGGUGUUUUCCAGACUGUGAAAAUUCAGUUCAAAUGUUAUCUUGUUCCUGUUACAAUAUUUAGCAUUAUUAGUUUGUGUGUGUGUACGUGUAUGUUAAUUUUAAUAUCUGAUUAUAAGACAAUGCUGCUUUGGUUAACCUUCUCUAAACGAAUUUAGAGAGGUUGACUUUUAUAGCUUGCUUGUUCCUGGUACUCUUUUGAAGUGCACAAAGAUAAGUUAUGGAACUUUUUCCUUGUCUGCAAAAAGGGUAAUUUUCCAGAUGGUAUUUGUUAGCUGGUAGACAAGGACUUCGCCAUGAAUUUGUUAGUAGCAAGGAAUGAUUUCUCCAGCUUCCUUGGAAUGAAUGAUUAGUAAAGUUCUAAGCAAAGUCAAUGACAAGGAAUUUCACAUUUUUUGGUGAGGUCCCGACUGAUUCUCUUGCCCAGAUGCCACCUCCAUGAGUGAUGGUGCUUUAGGCUUCUGGAAUAUGUAAGAAUAGUAAAGGGAACCAAGUCUAGACUGUGUACUGAUAAACCAGGGAAGAUCCCGAGCUGAAUCUGCAUUCUCAUGCAUUCCUUCGUAAAGACCACCAGUACUCAAAUAACUGGGCACUCAUGCCUCCUCCCAGUGUUAAGGACAUGUAACAGGCCAGUGUUGUCCCUGUGAACAUGAAUUUAGGCUUGGGGUACUUUCAAAUCUAUUUGAGGCAUUGGAAUUAGGAUAGGCAGCUGCCACUCCCUUGAGGCUCGUUAGAAUUCUGAAUAAAAUGCAGAACCAUCCUAAGACCCAGGGGUGUGGACAAGGCCUGGUGACACCAAAGGUGCUUGUUUAUCCAAUUGCAAAGGUGCCUGUCUCAAUUUUCUACCACCUUUCCUGCAGUAGAAAACAUCACCCCAUAGGGACGCCUGGGGGAAUCACAGCGCCACCACUGUCAUCCCGACCGACGCCUGGUUUCAUUUUCUGUUGUUUUCCCCAUGUGUGGCUGCCCCCACCCCCGUGUUCCCCUCCAUUCUUUUCCCCUCCCACUCCUCAGUCCCGACUCCUCUUUGGGAUUGAGCGCCAUGCCUGGUUAAUCAUUCCUCUCUCAAGAAAUAACUCCCGGGGCUAGUUAAAUUGUAAACCGGGGCUCAGCAACCUCUGGCACAUGGACCCCCGAGGUAACGCCCAGCCAUUUGCUUUGCUCUCUUGCCCAGUUGCUGCUGCCGGGCCUCCCUCCCUUUCUGUGCUGAUGCCCAGUGCCCGUAGCAGCAAGACUCAACUGCAGGGCUGUGCGUUCAGCCUUUCCUGUUCUACAGGUCUGUCCCCCCGCACUUGGCGCCAUCCUUCCAGCCUGGAACCAGCAGUCGCUCGGCGUAUCCUUCCCCGCCCCCGCCUCCCCUCCCCGCACACCUCAGGGUGCCUCAUCUUACAAGUUGCUGAGCCCUGAAUCUAGGAUUUUUUUUUUUUUUUUUUUUUUUUUACCCCUAGUUCUUAUCUUUCCAAAAUCUGAAGAUCUUUCAUUGCCCAGACCUGGGUAGCCAAGGCUUGUAUUGAUUUUUAUCUUUCAAAUAUCAAGGCACUCACCAGAGUUUCAUUUCGUUUCUUUUCUUUUUUUUUUUUAAGUUUAUCACGCUAACAUUUUAGUGAAAGAGAAAAAAGCUCUCUAGGUUGUCUUCUCUUAGAGUCAUGACUCAGUCACUCUAUGUCUUUUGUCCCUUCCAUGCCACUGAUUUCCUCAUAUGGGAUGAGGCCGUGGGCCGGACCGCCCCUGUGUAUUGUGCAGGAGCCAUUCUUAUCUGUGUAUUUCUGGUUCACUACCUAUCUUUUCUUAUUAGCCGUCCAGCUAAAGUUUGCAAAACAGGAAGCGUUAGUAUUUCUGGUAUUUGAUGACAAAGGUUUGGUCGCAUUUCAUAGUGCAGCGGCGAUAUGGAGGGCGUCUAAGUUUGCCUUUGUGUUUCUUCUAGGCUGUGUUUUUGAUUUCAGACAGAUGAGCCAGUGUUAAGGUGCUACUUCAGAGAAUUAAUUUGAGAAAUCAGAUAACACUGUGCCAAGGUAUACUUUCUAGAUACUAAGCACCGAUUGGCCCUCCAGAGAAUAAUAUCCUUUUGAUACCUCACUCCUGAUAAAUCUCAUUCAUUAACCUCAGCUUCUCAGGAAUCCUUGUAACACAUAGGCUAGAAGUAGCUAUAGUGUAUGGUAUUCAUUGUAUGUCCAAUCCUAUGGUUUGGCCCAAAGGUUGGCUAAUUGUGGCUAAAGCUCUCUGCUACCUGCUAGCUCAGCACCUAACACUCAAGGGUUUCCUGUCUUCAGGCAAAGGAAAAUGUUCUUUCUGCCAUUGCAGAUUCAGCAGUUGGACAGACUUACCCAACAAACAAAGCCAUUACAGGGAGGCGCGUCGGUAGCCUCAAGUGGCCACAUACCUCAAUGGCAAAAGACUAGAUGAUCUGCCACUUAAAAAUUCAUUUGAGUUGAGACCAGUGUGUUUGGGUGUUAAGAAAAGAAAAUUGCUCGACGCAAGGGAAGGAUUUACAAAAGAAUGCCGGUGCAUGCUUCAAGAGACUUAGGAUUUGCGGAGGAGAAAGAUCUGGGACACAGCCAGUCGUGAGAAGAGUGGGAGUCGGUAGGUUUGUAGAAGUCUAGCUGCUAGACUUUGUAGAGUCAGAUGUUCAAUGUAAAGAAUUAAAAGAGGCCGAAACAGUUAAUGCACCGUUAGACCACAGGAGGGAGGACGCAAGGGACCGAGAAUGCAAACUAACGGCCGCCGUCAAGGUCAUUUCUUUUCGGAUGUUUGUUCCGACGCUCUCCUCUUCUCUGGCCGCAGCUUCCUUCUGGCCCAGACCAGCUGUGCAGUAGGGGUGGCGUAACCCACAGAACUGAUACCCUCUGGUGGGUAAUCUGACAUUGAUGACACUUUGGAUUUGCCAGCUGGCAGAGCAAACGAUUAAUUUGCUGAUUGAACAGCAAAGUGGCUCAGUUGUUUUGACAGCAGAGGCGGAAUCUGAACCCCUUACGGGAAGAGCAGAGCACAGCAUAAAUUUCUCUAGCAAGUCUCCAUUUCCGUGAGACAUGAGAAAGAUAAAGUAAUGGGGAUUUAGUGUGGUCUAAGGCUGUGAAGUAAUUCUUAGCCAUGAUCUUUUUUUUAAAGGAGGGGAGGGGCAGAGGGAGAGAGAGAGAGGGAGAAUAUUAAGCAGGCUCCACGCCCAGCCUGGAGCCCGAUGCGGGGCUCCAUCGCACGACCCCUCACAUCCCCGAGAUCGUGACCUGAGCCGAAUUCAAGAGUCGGACGCUUAACCGACUGAGCCACCCAGGCGCCCCUAAACCACGAUGUUAUGAACUCGUUCAGGUGUGGGGGGAGCAAAUAUGUUUUUAAAAACUUGUCACGCAUUAGAGUCCAUCAUGCAAAGUAAUCGAGCAUGGUACACGUUUUACGUAUUUGAGUUGCCUGUCCCAGUUGGGUUCUCAAUCUUGGUUUGUUUUGUGAGGUGAUGAAUAGGAAGGUGAACUUGUUACCCCACAGUAUCUUUUUUUUUUUUUUUUAAUAAAUCACGAGGAGUGCAAUUUUUGAAGUUGGGUUUUCAAUGAUGAUAGUGAAGGUGAUAUUGAGAAUCUGAAACGGCCGAAGUGCUUACUGAGGACAGGCCACAUUGCCACCGAUCAGUUCAGAGAAAGCAGGAGAACAUUUUUUCAGGGUGGUACACAGAGUAUUGAGCUCUUGAAAACCCCGAGAAAAACUAGAGAUUUAGAAAAAAUGGGAAGUAGGAUAUUCAGUUCUUAAAAAAAAAAAAAAAUAGAUGUCUAAAUAUGUGGUCUGAACUUAGUGUCCUAAAACCUUGAUUUUUGUUUGUUUGUUUGUUUGUUUGUUUAAUCACCUCUGGGUUUGCCUGGACUCCCUCUGGAGAGAGAAUUGGAAGAUGUGGCAGUGGAGAAGCCCUAGUAAGAAAGUGUCUGAGUUCUUGCAAGAUGGCAGGAGGAAGGCCAUCCUGCGCCCCACGCCAUACAACCUGGCAUUUAUAAACUGUCUGAUCAUGUGCCUCAGGUAGAGAGCAAGUCAAGUAGUCUUUCAGAGACCAGGGUUUGCGAGCAGAAGAGAGGCUCAAAGCCACAUUCGGCUGGAGGCAGUCCACUUGUACGGAGAGGGCUGACCCGCGACCAGACAUCUGCUCAGGAAGGAGGCCGGCUACUACGUACCAUUGCCUAAGUGAUGAGCUUUAGGUAGAUUGUCUUGAAUUUUUUUUUAAUCUAUAUUUUAGCCUCCCUAGAAUAUACUUAUUGUGUAUUAGAAAGAAAAAAAAGGUGAGGGCUUCUCAGAUCAGAGUUCAGGGAGCUGUGUAAACUUACAGGGAAAUUUAAUGCAGUGGUCCUGUGGCGACCACUCCGGCUUUGCUCUGCCUCAGUUUCGGUUGUUCGCUCCAAGGAGGGAAGCUCUUGGAAUAGUAGGCGUUAGCAACUUCACGUUACUCCACAAAUGUUUGCUGGCCGCGGUCUCACUUCUGAACAUCUGGAUCUGGGCAAAGUUUUGAAGCAAUGUAGGGAACGGAAUUGCUUUUUCCACUGUGUAGUCCGAUUUUGCCAACUCACCCAAGAAAGAAAGUCUGUGAUGUGCAGAGUUUGCGUUUCUUGGAUGGGACCUAUCAGGUCCCCCUGCCGAGUCCCACAGUCAUAAAUUCCUACCUCUCAGUUCCUGCCAAAGGGUCUUCAGCCUCUGUGUGCACUCACUGAAUCAAUGCCUUGCCUAAAGUUUGGCCUUUUAUAAAGGGAGAAACGGCAUAUGAUGGUAUAAAAAUAUGAGGGUUUAAAAAAAGUGAUCUCUGCCUCUCCUUCUCUCUCCUCCUCCUCCCCCCAUCCCCCAAUUCCAAUUUUUUCUCAGUUGUUAACAGGUGUGUUGUCUUGAAUGUGGACCUUGGGGGAGGGACAACAUCAUUCUGAGAGAAUGGAAGAUACUUCUGAGCCGAUGGGCCAGUCGGGGCUUUGCUCUGCUGGCGGGGCCAAAGCCGGGGCGGGGGGUUGUUGAGAGCAUUGAGGGCUUGAGCAUCUCAAGGCAGACAUAUGAAGUGCUCGUUGCUAAACCUGAUUACUAGUCCAAAUCUGUUGAAAGUCAAAGGCAGCCUAGAAUUUGGUGAGUGAAAUGCCAUCUGGCCACAUGGGGACAAGGGAGUGGCCUGAGAUGGUUUUACCAGGGUGGGAAUGUUCAGUCUGGUCAUACUGAGUGUACCUCAGAAUACACGGUCCUUCAAGAGCGCUCAUUUUCCCUUCUCCAUUGCACUUCAGCCCCUUUCUCCCUCCUUUCUCCCCCUUUGCCCUGCCUUUUCAGUACUCAGCUUUUUAAUAAGUAUUUACAUUUUUAUUAUAUAUUUGGUCCUUUAGGACUAUGUAAUGAUUAAGAAUUCAUUUCAUUCUAGAUUAAAAAAAAUGAUGUGUUUAAUAUUUUGUUCUUUUAAACUGUCUUUUGAAGCUAUGCUGCUAACCAGGUACAGGCCAGAAAGGAGUCGGGCCUGCCAGACAGCACCCUGGUCAUGUCACCUAAGGAUGACAUUGAUGUCACGACGGUGACUCUUCUCUGUUUGACCAAGGCCAGCCUCCUGCUCUUACCUCUGUCCAAUUCACUUCUGGCUCGGGGAGAACGACCACCCACUGGGUGAGCCAGUGAGGCCAGGAGGGUCAGAAAAGCCGGGUCCCAGCCCAUGGGCCACUAUAUGAGUUCUCCGUAAUACGCUCCCUUGUAGGGCCGGCUCCUGGCCACAGUAGCCAAAGAAAACCUGUCUGACUCGACAUUUUCGUUCCGAAGCGUUGGUAAAAGUUCAGCCGAAGCUAAUGUAUAGAGAGCAGCAGUGGCCGAGCACGUACAGAAACUAGCAUCAACCAAAGCUAAUACAGCCUGUUUCCAUGGGCAGCUUGGUGCUGAGCUGUUCAGAGCAAUUAUUUAUUCGAGUGCUGCCAACCCUGAAGUCCCGCUUUCUUAGCUUUGCUCGAGCUUGGAGAGGUGUUGGUCCCCGUCCACAGGCACGGCCUGUGCCCAAGCUCUGGCUUACUGCUCACUUCAUUUUGCUCCCUGGUCGUGCAUAGCAACAUAGUCUAAAAAGGAAGACAUGGGCUGGGGAGUUAGGAGACCUGGUUUCUGUUCCCUAUGCUUCUACUAACUAGCCUCGAGAUCUUAACCGCUCUGUGCCUCAAGUGUUCCCAUCUGCAAAAUGGGGAUAGCGUUAAUUGCCGUACCUACCUCACAGGGUUGUUGUGAGGAUAAACGGAGACAAUGAAUGGAAAGUACUUUGACAAGUAAGUGCUAUGCAGAUUUUAAGAAGUGGAAACAAUCAUGUGAAAGGCAAUGGAACGGACAUUGGCAGAAGGGUUAACGGGAUCGUCCAGCCCUUUCUCUCUGUGGCAUAAACCCGGGUCGCCAUUGCUUUAUACAUUUUCACCUAGCACAGAUUUGUAAUUAUGCAUGUAAUAAAGCACAGCCUUAUCCAA